AUGAUGAUGAUAAUAAUAAUAAUAAAUAAUUAACAAAUUAUUUACUUUGACCAUUUAAUACAAAGAUAAAAAGUCGAGUCUACUUUCAAGCUUAGUGGCCAACAAAGCCAGUAAGCACACAUCUUCUACUUCUUUUGCUUGAGGCAACUAGGUGUAUUUCCAGUCCCCUAUGGAUGAGAUUUUUGUCGAUUGCAAUGAUAAACGUCAGCUUUUAAAGUGGCUAGGUCAUUGUUAUUCAGAUGAUUCAAUCAACUGAAUCAGAGCCCCUGGCAUAUAAAUAGGCAAGAUUGAUUUCUGGAUGUUAUUUAUUAUAUAAUUUUGUCAUGCAAGUGAGUUUAACUUGACAAACACUGGGCUAUUAUUUUCAGUUUUCCCUGUUGUAAUCCAUCUUAAUCUUCUCCAGUUUUGCCCGUCCAUGCCCCUAUUUGGUUUUUCCAUGUUUCUUUUGAGUUCUACGGUCUUGAGCUGUUAUUCUCAUACUAUUACCAGCUGAUCAGUGCUAAGCCUAAAAGUUGGAUGACCUGGCCCUGUUAAUUCCUGGUACCCAUUUUUACACCUGGUUAAAGAAAGGCACUGUGAGACUGACAGGAAACUGUUUUGUCCAAACAUAUGACACAAUGAUCCAGAGUCCAGAAAACAAUCAUCACAUUGCAAGCGACAUGAACGAAUUCACACAGGAGGGAAGCCGUUUACAUGCAAACAUUGUAAAACGAGCUUUAGCCGGUCAUCAACUUGCACUGAAGGAACAUGAACGAACUCACACAGGAGAGAAGCCAUAUACAUGCAAGUACUGUAAAAAGUGCUUUAGCCAGCUAUCACCUUGCAAGUGGCAUGAACGAACUCACACAGGAGUGGAACCGUAUACAUGCCGGCAUUGCAAAAAGGGCUUUAGACAAUCAUCGAUUUGCAAGACACAUGAACGAACUCACACAGGAGAGAGGCCGUACAUAUGCAAGCAUUGUAAAAAGUUGUUCGGCCGAUCGUCAGUUUGCAAGGUGCAUGAACGAACUCACACAGGACUGAAACCGUAUACAUGCCAGCAUUGUAAAAAGGGCUUUAGACAAUCAUCGAUUUGCAAGAGAUAUGAACGAACUCACACAGGAGAGAAGCCGUAUACAUGCAAAUAUUGUAAAAAGAGCUUUAGCCGAUUAUCAAAUUGCAAGAGACAUGAACGAACUCACACAGGAGAGAAGCCGUAUACAUGCAAGCAUUGUAAAAAGUCCUUUACAAGCUCAUCAUAUUGCGAGCGACAUGAACAAAAACACGCGAUAGACCGUUUUUUAAAACGAAAGCAGCAUGAUCAGUAUCUAAAUCUAAGAAGUAAUCUUCAGGAACCAACAACAACUCACGGUGACAAGAAGUCUCGUAUGUAAUUUUCCGAGACUAAAGAAAAUUUAAGCCAAGUUGAAAGCCUCACCAGUUGGAUUUGUCAGAAGGAAUUAAGCAGCGAGACAUGUCUCAUCCAACAUUACGAUGAACAUAUGAGACAAUAACGACACUUAUAUAAACCUUAUCAAUCUUUAAGCUAUAAACCUUGGCCUUCCCUUUUUUCUGCUCGUUGAACGUUCACUACGAUAAAAUUUGUUCUGUUCAAGUUAGUGCUUGAAGAAAUUCGACUAGCGUUUGCGCGAUUUCUCUAAGAGUGUUCAGUAAUAGCGGUAGAAAAUUGAAACUUCUCUGAACCUGCAUUUAACCAGACAUUCAGAGAAGAGGCCCAGUAUGUGAUCCAUUUUUGCUGAAAACAAUUUAAUUUAAGUUCCAUUAAUAAUAUUUCAGGUUGUAAUAAGCUUAAUGCAUAGAGCUACAAUGUAGAUUCAGUGUAAUCACGACAUGCGAGGUAUCUUCAAGAAUCGCACAGGAGUUAAGCCGUACAGAAGCAAGAUGAUCAUAAAAAGAGCUUUUGCCAGUCAACAAUUUGGAAACAAGGUGAAGGAAGACAUGCAAUAGACAGUUCUUUAAAAUGAGAGCAACAAGAUCAGUACCUUAAACUAACAAGGCACCUUCAUGAGCCAACAACAACUCGCCGUGGCAAAAAAGUCUCGUAUGCUGUUUUCUUUGACAGAAGAAACUUGGAGCGAAGUUGAAAGCCUGACCUGUUGGAUUCGUUAGAAAGAAAGUUAGUAGCGAGGCAUGUAUCCUUCGACUUUACAAUUAUCACCUCAAUGGUCAUAUGACAUAAAAACGACGCUUAUGUAAACCUUAUCAUUCGUUAAGCUUUAAACCUCCCUCUUUGUAUUUUUCUCUCGCUGUAGUUUCACCACGUCACAAUCUGGUCUGUUAAAGUUUAUA